AUGUCUCUCUUUAAAUCUUUACAAAUAACUUGGCUUUCGCCCCAGCGCACCCAACAACUUUCUUUUGGUAAUAUUACUAGUCAUAAAGUAAUUAAUCCUCGCACUUUUAAACCCGAAUUGGGGGGGCUUUUUGACCCGCGGGUUUUUGGUCCUUUUCUUAAUUAUGAGUGCUAUUGUGGUAAAUACCAAGGCAAACAAAACAAAGGACAAAAGUGCGAACGCUGUGAAACCUUAAUUACCGAAAAAAAUAUUCAGCGGUGGCGAAUGGGUCAUAUUAGUCUGGUGGCUCCUGUUACCAAUAUGGUUCUUUUUAAAACUCUGGGUACUGAUUUAAGUAAGUUAUUAGAAAUUCCGGCCAAAAAGUUAGAAGAAAUUAUUUAUUUACAAGUUUACGUGGUGCUGGAUAAUGGUUUAACUAGUCUGCUGAAAAAAAAAGAGAUUUUGGAAAAGAAAAUAGACCCCCUCCUGAUUAGUAAUAUUUUGCAAGAGAUUAGCGAAAAUAAGAAAUUAGGUAAAGAGGUUAUUAGCCAAGCUCAAAAAUUAGCCGCUGACUUGGCCAACCAAGACCAGUCGGUCGAAAAUACCAUUUUUUUAGAAGAUUAUUUAGAUUUUUUAGAAAAGCAUUGCCAAGUGAAAAUCUGA